CCGCUUAGUCACCCAAAAAUUUCGGCCGACCUCAGUCGAAUUUCAGUACGGCGAUCGAUCCCCUCCACCACACUCCUCACACCUCUCGAACCAACGAAAACAUGAAGGUCGGCAAACCCAAAUCCAAGCGCGUGCCCGUGCGCCUCCGACAGAAGAUCCAAAAGGCUUCGGCAGCCAAAGACCGCAAGCGGCGAAAGGACGCAAAGAAGAAUCCCGAAUGGCGCUCGAGGCUGAAGAAGGACCCGGGCAUUCCGAACCUCUUUCCGUACAAGGCGAAGGUGCUGGCGGAGAUUGAGGAGAGUAAGAGGAGGAAAGAGGAGGAGAUGUUGAGGAAGAGGGAGGUUGCGAAGGCGCAGAGGGCGGGGAGGGCUGUUGAGGUUGUUGUGCCUGCUGGGGAGACGGAGGUAGAUGUGGAGGAUGAUGAUGAGGUUCUCUCCGAUGAUGUGGAGGGUCUGGAGGAAGAUGAGUCCAUGGAUGAGGACGACAGCAAUCCCAUGGCAGCGCUGCUCGCUUCAGCGCAGGCGCGAGCAAACAACUACACACAAGACGACGACGGCGAUGACGACGCAGAAGAGGACGAAGAGGAAGAAGAGUGGACCGGCGUCGAAGAGCAGAGAUCAAGCACAACCACCACAUCCCGCCAACAGCCCAAAGCCCUCCCUAAACAAGCGCUCGCAGACCCCAUCAAAAGCAUAUCGAAACUGCUGGAGCGAGUGCAAGACGCAGCAGGCGGCGUUCAGAUCCUGCUCGACUACUACCAGAUCCCACCGCUCGUGACGGCGGGGAGCGAUCUGACUUCUCGCUUCCUCGUCGAGGUGGCGCGGAAACGCGGGCGAUUGGGAAGGGGCGGUGUGCCUAAUUUGCAUUCCGCGGCGCUGACGGUGCUCGGUGAUUUGAAUGAUGAGCGCUUGGUGCUGCCUGUUGCAGAAAAGAAGACGACUGCCGCAACUACGAAGGGCGACGUCCAGGUGGUGGAGCGUUUGGCGGAGCCCUUCAGGAUUGAGGGUUUGUGGGGCGAUGAGGAGGGCGAGGGGGCUAUGGCGGUUGAGAGGGAUGUUACCGUUCAGGUGUGAAGGACGGAUGCAGCGAGAUAAAGAAAAGCGUUGCGUUAAGCUCAUAAAUCGAAUCGGAGAUGUAGACAUUAGGUCGUGAAGUUACGAAUGAUCUCUAUAAGUCCAUUCCAACGCUGUGUCCACACCAUAUCAUUACCGCACUCGUAGUCCUUCUACUAAUACACUCAACCCGUCGCCGCUUCAAAGUCCAUCCAACCACUUCUAUUGUGUAUCCGGUUGUACUCUUUCUUUAUCCUUUCUAGCUCUUGUCUCAGAACUGUUCCUUCACAAGUCCUUCCUCGCGAACGUGCUGUGAUUCUUGCGCAGAGUCGCGCCAUACUAAAUCCGCACAUCAGCAUAGCUCGAUCAAAGGGAGAUGAAGAGGAACACACCUUAUACAAGACAAACGGAAUCG